AUGAAGAUAUCUGAUAAUCCAUUUUAUGCCUUUUUAAGUGGAAGUGGAGGGGUUGGUAAAUCUCACUUGAUUAAGUCAAUUUAUCAGGCUGCUUUAAAGCACUAUAACAAACGAGCUGGUGAAGACUUUCGUCGCGUUCAAGUAUUAUUGCUCGCUCCAACAGGAAAAGCAGCUUACCUAAUUAAAGGAAACACAAUCCAUAGUGCCUUAUCAAUUCCAGCAAGCCAAUCGCUUAAAAUUUAUAAACCACUGGACUCUGGCAGGUUGAACACUUUACGAUGUGAGCUGGGUGCAUUAAAGUUGAUAUUACUUGAUGAAAUAUCAAUGGUUGGAAACAGUAUGUUUACAGUUCAGUUAAAUAACCGUUUAAAAGAUUUAAAAGGAAGCAAAGACGACUUUGGUGGUGUUAGCAUCAUCACAAUCGGUGACUUAUUUCAACUUAAACCUGUCAUGGAUGGCUACAUUUUCACUGAUCUCCAGUCUUUAAACUAUUAUAGUGUUCUUGCUCCAAAUUUAUGGAAAAAAUAUUUUAGAAUGUUUGAACUUGAUGAGAUCAUGCGACAAAGAGAAAGUAAAAUGUUUGCUGAAAUCUUAAACAGGUUACGAGAAGGUAAACAUACAACUACUGAUCUUCAAAAGCUGAAGGAAAGAUGUGUUCAGGAAUCGAGUUGUCCUCAAGAAGCUCCACGCUUGUUUAUUCAAAAUGCUUUAGUAGACAAAUAUAAUGAACAAGUAUAUGAAUCAUUUACUGAAAAUAGAUAUACAAUUAAAGCUCAAGAUAGUGUUAUUGGAGCAGCUUCUGCUGAACUUAAGGAAAAAAUAAUGAGGCAAAUACCUUAUGUUCCGUUAAGAAAUUCUAAACAGUUAGCUCACAAGCUAAAACUUGCUGUUGGGCAACGUACAGAAGUUGCAACAAAUGUGCGAACUGAUGAUGGUCUUACAAAUGGUGCGAGUAACAUUAUAAAGUUGAUACAGCUCACUGAUGAGAAUAAACCUUCGGGUCUUAUCUGGGUCCAAUUUGAUUAUGAAGAUGUUGGUAGAAAAACUCGUCAAGAAAACAGAACGCUUUAUGUCACAGGAAUUCAAAGCACAUGGACACCAAUUAAACCUGUCACAACCCAAUUUCCAGUCGGUAGAACGAAAUCUGCUCAAGUUGUUAGAAAACAGUUUCCAUUGCGACCAGCAUCAGCAAAAACUGUUCAUAGAUCACAAGGUGAUACUCAAACACAAAUUGUUGUAAACCUAAACAGUAACAGAUCUUUUCCUCACAUUCAUUAUGUUGCUUUAAGUCGUGUUACAACAAUAGAAGGAUUAUACAUCACUGACCUAUGUGAAGACAAGAUAUCUGUUGAUCAAAGAGUUGUCAAGGAAAUGGAAAUCUUAAGAACCGAACAAAGUUUGAAUCUUUGUUUCAAACCACUUUAUAUGUUGGAUCAAUCUGAUUUGAAAGUUUGUUACCUCAAUGCAAGAUCUCUGCAUAAACACAUUGAAGAUGUUCGAAAAGACAUUAAUUACUCGUCUAUGGAUAUUGUGAUAUUCACUGAAACAAGGUUUAACUCCUCAGACACUGACGAUAUAUACAACAUUGAUGGCUACAGGUUGUUCAGAAAUGAUGUUUCCCAAGGUACGGGUCCAGGACGUCCAUACGGUGGAACAGCUGUUUAUAGCCGGGUCCCUUUAAAAGAAGGAUACCCUUAUGCUCACAACGUCAAUGGAAUCGAGUAUACAAUUAUUAAAACAGAAAGUAAUCCGCAUCUGAAUAUAAUUGGAAUAUAUCGCUCACCCAAUAUUGCUAUAUCACGUCUACUGUCUUCACUACGUAGCGUACUUGAUGAAGAUUCUUCUGCACAAAACAUUAUAAUUGGAGAUUUCAAUGUCAACUGGAUGGUAGAAUCUGAUCGACAGUCACUCUACAAUUUGAUGGUUGUGCAAAAUCAUUACAGGCAACUGAUAGCAGGCUUUACAACCGACAACAGAACGUUAAUUGAUCAUUUAUACACAAAUUUAAUUGAAGAGGAAAUUGAAGCUGGUAUUCUAGAAACUUACUUUAGUGAUCAUAAAGCAAUAUGGGCUUCUCUUAAAACAUAG